GAGAAAAGCCUAGCACAAGCCUAUUCAUUUGUCCGUGCUGGUAGAUUGGAUGAGGUAGUCCAAUUAUGCAGGAAAGCACAUCAGUCAUGGAGAGCUGCGAGUAUCCGUGGUUCGCUACUGUUAACGAUAAACGAGAUGACGCUGAGGAUGUCGAAGGAUGGCAGGGAAACUCAUGAAAAUUGUGGAAAUCAACAUGUGCAAGAGCAGUCCUGAAUGUGCGCCAUUCAACCGUUUGUGUACCAUCUUCUUAACACGUCCUUCAAGCCCCACCUCCUCGAUCCAGAGAGAAUUCUCUAUGCAGCUCUUGUGCCCUGCCCGCAAACAUUCAGCGUCCUGAAGUCUGCAUGUCGGACAUGGGAAAACCAC